UUGAAAUACAAAACAACAGCCUUGCUUGUAACAGUUAUAACCUUUCGUAGGCUUUUUGAAAUUUGAAGGCAUCUGCGAAACUUGACAAAUCUGACCCUCCAUAAUGGUCUACGACUGAAACUCAGAGCACUAACAGCAGAUAAAGACUCUCGCAACACCUGAGCUUUGUGCUGAACAAAGAAGAAGAAAGAAAGAGACAAGACAAGAGCAAAGACAGCCACCUCGAGUAAAGACAAAGAGAAAUCAGUCAUGUUCAAAACGAUCACCCGUCUGUUUUUUGGGGGAGAGGAGGAGACCCCUGAAGAUGUCAAGUCUGGAGAAGCUGUGGAAGAUGAGUGGCUUGUUGUCAGUCAUCAAGAGGCAGGUUCAGCUGAGAACCAGGCUGCAGAGCUGACUGACACUCAGCCAUCAAACUCUGCUCUUCAUGGAGACACAGUUGCAAACAUGGAAACUGACAACAGCGUGUUAGAUCCAGAGCCUGCAGAUCAAGGCAGCAGUGCCACCAGUCGAGCCAUCGCAGGCUCCGUUUCUCGGCCUAAAGCUUUAGUAGAAGUGGCACAGCUAACCUGCAUCCAAAAGGCUAACACAUGGGUGGACCGACACCAUAUGACUCGUAACGCCAUCCAGCGCCAGAACCGCGUUCGCCAAGGUGUCCAACAUCAUUCCUUCCACCUCCAACAGCCAGGACAUCGCAGCCUCAGCCACUGAGGCUCUGGUUGUGCGACCGCAUAUGUCAGCCGGGAAAUGAUCUUAAAACACUCAUCAUAUGCUUAUUAAACACAUACUGCAAUACACACAUUUUAGUCUUGUGUAGAUAUAAACCAUACAUCUAACCUUGAUGUAACUCAUUACAACACUUGACAACUCUUACCAAGUAGUAGGCAGCUACAUCAUAACUUGUACUGUAUAUGAAUUUGGAAUGAAGAUGUUCAUCUCAUGAAAUGAGAGAUGCACCAUGUGUUCUUGUUUGUGUUCAUGUGAAUUUAUACAUGUGGAUGAGGCAAGUGCAGCCUAUGCAAAAUGUAUCCUGUAACAUUUUGGACAACGUGAUGUGAUUUGUGUAUCCACAUGCAUUUACCUCUAGGUGCUUGGUUUAAAACCUUUUUUAUACUACAAUAAAAGCUAUGACUUUG